AUCAUAGCAUUUUCAACUUCCUCGGCCCAUCACCCUAUCAUCACGGUUUGUCCUAUCUGUGGCCGCCCGUCCGCGCCGUACGAUUCAUUAACCAUCUCGAUUCCGAAACCCGCAUAAUGUCCCUUACCCCUAUUCCUCCUCUGCUCUUGAACAAGAAACUGGCAUUACAUGCCAAAGGCUUGGCGCAAUCCCGUCCGCUAGGAUACCACCGACCCGUGCGGGGCCACACGUGGAUCCUCCACUUGAUGCUUAUCGAGCCUCGUCUGGUACACAAUGAAGAAGACAGGCUAACAAUGAGCACUACCAGAUUGACUUAUCUUUCAACUAUCGCUCACUGCGCGUAUAACCUCACCCAAACGUCUUCAUUACCCAAUCCCUGUUGAUAAGGCUACGCGUGCUUCUGCGCUGGCCCGCCUCUUCGCCGGAUUACCUCUUAAGGAGCAUCACAUAUCCCUCUGAAAGCGGCAAGAAAGCGCCGGAACGGCUCAGACGGGACGCUUCCUCAUCGGGCUUCGAAACCUGCCACGCGGCGGG